AUGGAUCAAGAAGGUAAUAAUGGUAGAAGGAGGAGCUCUAGGUUGGCAGCAAGGGGAAUAGUGACUACGCCAAAAGCAGAAAUUAUUGUAAAAAAGACAGUAAAGAGUUCUGAAAAACCGAAACGAUCAAAACGUAAGACAACUGAAGAAACUAUUGAAUUGCCCGAAGCUAAAAAAACUAAAACUGAAGAUAAAACAUCUUCUGACGUGAUUGAUAACCCAGAAGAAAAUAAAACUAACAAUGUUGAUGAAAAUGAUGUCUCUGGAAUUUCACCAAUGGAUGUUGACAAUGUUGAAGAAACUAAAGUGUCACCACCAUCUGGUGUAGAGAAAAAAGAUUUGAAAACAGUUGAAGAAAAGACUGAUGUGCCGCUUGAAGAUUCCAUAGAUCAAGAAGCAGUUGAAAAACUUCCGGUCACUAACGAUGAUAAAGAAAUGGAUACUAAAUCAGUUGAUGAAACUGAAGAUGAAAAAUCUGAAACUACAGAAGAGCUUAUUAAAGUUAAAGAUCCUGAAAUAAUCGAACAGCCAAAGAAUGAUACAUCUCAAGAUGAGGCUAAACAAGGACCAGUAGCUUUGGAAAAAACCAAUGGAAAAAGUGAAGAAAAAGAAAAAAUUGAGCCAGUAGAAGAAAUUGUAAACGAUAUUGGAUUUUGUGUAGCAACUAAAGAUGUUGUCACACCAAAUGGUGAUACUGAUGAACAAGUGAAGUCUAAUGGUGAUGAAUCUAUCACGGAAAUGGAUGCGAAAGAACCUGUUAAAGCUCUCCAUGGUGAAACUAACCAUGUUGAAGAAACAGAUUCAAAAGCUGUAACUGCUACCACUGCCAUCACCACCAAUAAGGAUGCACCAAUUGUUGAUCAAGUUGAAAAAGAGCUAGGUAAAGCUGCCGACAAUGUUGUUGAUAAUAAUAUUAGCGCAUCAGCUGAUGACAAUGCACCAAAAGUGGACCAGUUAUCAACAGUUGUGUCCUAA